AUGUAAUUAAGUAGAGUAAAUUGAAACAAUAAUCAAAAUGGUUCAGUGUGCAAUUAAAUUUGAUAACAAUCCUUUAGCAACCUUUUAUAGUGGAUCAAUUAUACAUGGAAAAGUUGAAAUUAUCUUAGAGAAACCAAUGAAAAUACGAGGUAUUUCAUUAAUUAUAAGCGGGCAAGCAAGUGUUAAAUGGACUGAGAUGGAGCAACAUAUUGAUAACAGUCGUCCACACAAUAACAAGACUCGAACAGAAACAGUUUACUAUACAGCUUCUGAAAGUUAUAUACAUACUAUCACAUAUUUGUGUGGUUCCCCAAAUGAUAGUGAAAUAACUCUUGAUACUGGAAUACACAUAUACACAUUUUCUUGUGCACUUCCACCUCAAUUACCAUCAUCAGUUGAAGGUUGUUAUGGUAAAAUUCGUUAUUCAACUAAAGUUGUAUUCGAUCGUCCAUGGAAAUUUGAUAAAACGUUUACAACUGGAUUUACAGUAAUUCGAGUCAGCGAUCUUAACAAUGAACAUCCGUCAAUCAGAUUGCCAACUACAUUACAAGUUUCAAAGACAUUUUGGUGCUGGCCAUGUGCAAGUAAACCAUUAAUAAUUGAAGUAACUAUACCUCAAUCAGGAUAUGUUUCUGGACAAAAUAUACCUAUAACUGUAAAUUUAUAUAAUGAAAGUGGUCGACCAGUCCAACACAUUGGGAUAUCUUUAAAAAAAAUGAUAAAAUAUCAUAGUGAUUAUCCAACCCAUAAGUAUAAGUUGCAAAAAAUUACUGUUAAAAAAAUUGUCAUUGGUUCAAUACAAAAUUCGCCAAAAGAAGCACUUCACGCUGAUUUAUUAGUUCCUGCUGUUCCUCCAACAUGUCCAACAUCUAUCUGCAGAAUUAUUCAAGUUUAUUAUGAAAUUCGUAUUAAAGCUUUUGUAAGUGGUUUACAUACCAGUCCAUCUCUUACGAUUCCUAUUCAAAUUGGAAAUAUUCCUAUUAUUGACUACACAAAUCAAUCGCAUGGACCCAUUUCCGCUCCUUCAGCUCCAUCUGAUGAUAUUCAAAGCCCAACAACACCCGAAAAUUCUUCAGCUAAUUUUGGAUUGCCCCCACCAACUUAUGAAGAAGCAAUUUAUCUUCAAAGAGUGAAUAUGAACGAAGACGAUAAACACCCGAUUUGUGAAUCUAAUUAUAUCCCAAGGUAUCCAGUUUAUCAUUUUGAACCCUCAGCGCCAUCAUCUACAACGAAAAGCUAGAAUACCCCCUAAACUUACGAAGUAGGUAGGUAGGUACUUACUUGCCCAGGUAUAGGCAGGUGCUUAUAUGGCUAUGUACAAACAAGUACAUAUUAUGUACACAUUUAUGUACAUAUGUAUAUAUAUUUUUGUUUUAUUCUAAAAAAAAUGUAUAAUUAUUAAACAUCUUGUUAUUAAUUACAUGUAAGAAAAAUAAAUGUAUAAAUAAAUAGAAAACAUACAAUCCUUACCGUAAAUAUCAAAUCGGU